AUGACCGAAGUCGAUAGACUAGAUCAAUUACUUCAAGAUCAGGCAUAUAUCAACGGGUUUGUACCAUCAUCCGCGGAUUUUGAGACAAAAUCAAGGAUCAACCCAAAAGAUUUGAAAAAUCGAGUAAAUCUUUCGCGCUGGUAUAAUCAUUUGAAUUCUUUCAACACUGAAAUUCAAGCUACAAAUAUGACUGAAGUUUUGAAUAGUGAAGAUCUUCCACAACGUAUUUUGGAUCAUUUGAACGGAGAAAGCAAUUUCAAUUCGAUUUCUCUUGCUAAACAAUGGAAUAUUGAUCAUCAAAAAUUGAUUGGUGCUAUCAAAAGUUUAUUAACAAAUGAGGGAGUUUUGAGUACCAAAGAUGUCACAGAAAAACGUGUGGAAUUGACGAAUGAAGGAAUUCAAAUGGCCGAUGAAGGAUCGCAUGAGUUUAGAGUUUUUGAAUUUGUUGGAGAAAACGGAUGUCUUCAGGCUGAUAUUGGGGUAACUUUUCCAGCUUUUUUUGUUAUAAAUUAAUCACAGAACACCCUAUUUCUUUCAGAAACAACCAUUCGGCAAAGUUGGAGUGAGCAAAGCUAUGGCUGCUGGUUGGGUAGCUAUGGAUAAAUCAAGCGGAGCUGUAAAAGUUGUUCGAAAACCAGGAGUCACAAACGUUGAAGAUGUUGUUAGGAAGCAAUUGGAAACCUUGAGAAUUGGUGGUGAAGGAGUCGCAGAUAAGGAUAAGAAUGAGUUGAAAAAACGAAAAUUGAUAUCUGAAGUGAAUGUAAAAGGAUUGGAAGUUAGCAAAGGUGCAAGUUUCACCACAAGUUUGGCGAAACAGGAAGCCGAUUUGACACCGGAAAUGAUUGCUUCGUAAGUUAUUUACUAAUCAAGAAAUAUCUCUGGAAACCUCCUAAUUUUUAUUCCAGCGGCUCAUGGAAGGACAAAACCUUCAAAAAAUACAACUUCGAAUCUCUCGGAGUUGUUCCAUCUUCUGGACAUCUUCAUCCUUUGAUGAAAGUUCGAAGCGAGUUCCGUCAAAUCUUCUUCUCAAUGGGUUUCUCUGAAAUGGCAACAAAUCGAUAUGUUGAGAGCUCAUUCUGGAAUUUUGAUGCACUUUUCCAACCACAACAACAUCCAGCAAGAGAUGCACAUGAUACUUUCUUUGUUUCUGAUCCUGCGAUAAGCACCAAAUUCCCGGAGGAUUAUUUGGAGCGGGUGAAAACUGUGCAUUCGAAGGGUGGAUUCGGAUCAGCGGGGUAAGGAAUUUCCCGAAUUGCCACGUCAUAGACAAAUGUUUUCCAGAUACAAUUACGACUGGAAACUCGAAGAAGCUCAAAAGAAUGUGCUCCGCACCCAUACAACAGCCGUUUCAGCUCGUCAACUCUACGAAUUGGCUCAAACCGGUUUCAAACCAUCCAAACUCUUCUCAAUUGAUCGCGUUUUCCGAAAUGAAACACUUGACGCAACACAUUUGGCCGAAUUCCAUCAAGUUGAAGGUGUAAUUGCGGAGAAGAAUUUGAGUUUGGCGCAUUUGAUUGGAAUUUUCACCGAAUUUUUCAAGAAAUUGGGAAUCACCAAUCUGAGAUUCAAACCAACUUAUAAUCCAUAUACCGGUGAAUUUUUUUAAUAAAAAAACCUGAAAAUCACAGGUUUUUACUUCUAAAACGAGUGUGGCGAUGAAAAAAAACAAAAAAAAUGUUUGCCGGGGACGGGAUUCGAACCCGCGGUUGAUUACUCAAUGAAGACGGGGCUCUUCACGCCUUAACCACUCGGCCACCCCGGCACCGUUUCUGAAAAAUGCGAAUCUCAUAUUUAGCCUAACUUCCGAUCAUAUUUUGAAUGAAUGACAAAACAAUUCUGACAUUUUUACUCAUGAAGUGUCGUUUUGAAGCUGAAAAUUUGAUUGGAAGUCGCAUUUUUCAUAUGGUAAAAGUGAAAUUUGGGAUUUUCAGACAAAUUUUUCAGCUAGAAAAUGGCUUUUUUAUUAGAAAAUCAUGAAACCUAUUCUGAAAUAUCUGAUAAAAAUCUGAAAACUGGAACUUUCAAACAAAUAGUUUGUCUGAAAAUUCCAGCAUUUUCAGAUUUUUUAUUGGAAUUUCAGCGAAGAUGCGGAAGCUAUGCCCGAAUUUUUCAGAAAAUUGUCCAAAACAACCUAAUUUUUGCAGAACCAAGUAUGGAAAUCUUCGCCUAUCAUUCUGGAUUAGCAAAAUGGGUCGAAAUUGGAAAUUCGGGAAUGUUCAGACCAGAAAUGUUGUUACCUAUGGGAUUACCUGAAGAUGUUAAUGUUGCUGGAUAUGGAUUGUCAUUGGAAAGGUUGGUUUGGUUUUUACCUGGAAAUCAUAAAAAUUCACAAUUUUCAGACCAACAAUGAUCAAAUAUGGAAUCAAUAACAUUCGAGAUUUGUUCGGCUCAAAAAUCGAUUUGGAAGUUGUCUACAACACUCCGAUUUGUCGGUUGGAAAAAUAAGAUUUUCCAGAUUUUCUUCCACCCAAAACUUCUAUUCUAUUCUAUCGCCCGGUUUUCUUAUUUGUUGUUUUUCAUUGUUUUUUUAUUUAUAUGCGAAUUGGUUAAUAAAUUUCCAUCUUUCGCCACAUUUUCACUGAUUUUUACUAGGUUUUUCAACCAUUUAUUACCUUAAGAGCUCUAAUUUCAGCCCUAAUUUAACCAAUUUUUGCAGGCACAUAAUGACAACACGAUUGGCUCGAUUGUGGCAACCGGGAAAUGGGCAAAGACGUGUAUUUUUGCCUGAUUUUUGGGUGGCUGUGGUGAAGGCGCCAAAUUUUGGAAGAGCGAAAUUGCCGAGAAAUUGUGUGAAAUUUGAGGUGAAUUUUGAGAAAAUUGCUGUUUUCGCGAUGAAAAUUUGACUGAAAAUCGUAUUUUUCAUAUGGUAAAAGUGAAAUUUGGGAUUUUCAGAUCGAAAAUGGCACCCAAAUUUUGAAAUUUUCUGGGAAAAUUGAAAGUUCAACAAAUUCCAUGUCAUAGGCAUCGAGUUUCUAGAACUUUUAAGAAAACUUGACAAUCUUACGUUCGCUAAAACGUUUUCAAUUAGCUUUUGUAGAAAUUUUUAAAUGACCAAUUAACACGUGGAAUUUCGCUUUUUGUUAUUUUCAAGCUGAAAACUUGGCUGAAAAUCGCAUUUUUGACCUGGAAAUGGUGAAAUUUGGGAUUUCCAGACAAAUUUUCAGAUUUAAAAUGGCUGGGAUGCGGAAGCUAUGCCCAAAAUUUGAAUAGUCCUAUUUAAACUGAAAACUUGGCUGAAAAACAUAUUUUUGACCUCUUCCAGUUUAAAAAUGUGAUUCUCUGUUAUUUUUUCAGCUAGGAAUUCAUUGAAGCAUUGCCCAUAUUAAAAGCUAACUUUUAACAUGAGCAAGACUUGAAAAAAAUCUUUGAAAUUGUCAUUUCCUUGGCUAAAAAUCCUUUUCCUGCAGACGAUUUUCAAAAAAAAAAACAAAAAAAAACUUUUGCCGGGGACGGGAUUCGAACCCGCGGUUGAUUACUCAAUGAAGACGGGGCUCUUCACGCCUUAACCACUCGGCCACCCCGGCACCGUUUCUGAAAAAUGCGAAUCUCAUAUUUAGCCUAACUUUCGAUCAUGUUUUGAAUGGAAAAACAAUUCUUACAUUUUUACUCAUGAGGUGUCAUUUUCGUGCUGAAAAUUUGAUUGGAAGUUGCAUUUUUGACCUGGAAAGGGUGAAAAUUGGGAUUUUUAGACAAUUUUUCAGAGCGAAAAUGGCUGGGAUGCGGAAGCUAUGCCCAAAUUUUGAAUAGUCAUUUUCAAGCUGAAAACUUGGCUGAAAAUCGCAUUUUUGACCUGGAAAUGGUGAAAUUUGGGAUUUCCAGACAAAUUUUCAGAUUGAAAAUGGCUGGGAUGCGGAAGCUAUGCCCAAAAUUUGAAUAGUAUUUAAACUGAAAACUUGGCUGAAAAUCAUAUUUUCGAUCUUUUCCAGUUUAAAAAUGCGAUUUUCAGUCAUUUUUCAGCUAGGAAUUAACUGAAACGCGAAAUAUCGUUUUUCCAGGUUGAUCCACGUAUGUCAAAACACGAUAUUCGAGAAUAUUUGACAAAAAUCUACAAUUUACCAGUUCGAGAUGUUCGAACCGAAGUGCAAAUGGGCGAUAUUUUAUGGAACACAAAAACCGAUUAUCAAUAUAAAAAAGCGAUGUGGAAGGAUGAGGACAAGAAAUUUGCAUAUGUUUUUAUGCCCAAAGGUGAGAGCUCUGAAAAUAGCUGAAAAUCGUCAUUUUCGCACUUGAAAUCUGGCUGAAAAUCGCAUUUUUGACCUGGAAAAGGUGAAAUAUGCGAUUUUCAAUCAAAUUUUCAGCCGAAAUUUUGAAUUUCUGUUCAGAAACUUGAAAUUUCUGCAGAUUUCGACUACGAAUUUCCGGAUAUGUUCAAAUCAAUUGAAGAAGAUCUGGAAUUGGCUCGAGCUCUCAAACAACAAAAAGAGCUUAGCGAUAAAAUCAAUGAGAAAUAUGCGAAUAGAAAUCGAUCGGAUAUUGGAACAUUUAUUGGAGCAUAA